CUUAACCCUCCCCCCCAAGUCAGGAUCACUGACCCUAUACGGCUGUUCAUUUACGAAAACUACAGAAACAGAGAAAGUUGGAAGCCAUUGUUGCAGUUCUGGUUUGGCCGCUCAAAUUUGUGGGCUGAGGAUCAUCAAAUGACAACAAAUCCCAAGCAUACGUUGGAAACUGACUUAGAAUUUGCUGAUAGGCACUCUAAGAUUGCCAAAACGGAGGAUCUUAGCGACGACGACGAAGAGCAAAAGCCUGCUGCUAUUCACCAUCUAUCCAUGAGCCAAAACCCCAGGAUUCAACGCUAUUUGUUGGCAAUUGAGUAUAUUGGGACUCAUUUCUCUGGUUCUCAGAAGCAACUCAAUUGCCGCACUGUCGUCGGUGUUCUACAGGAUGCUUUCCAUAAAUUUAUUGGCCAGCCAGUUUCAAUCUCUCUUUCAAGUCGAACUGAUGCUGGAGUACAUGCCUUAUCAAAUGUGUGUCAUGUGGACAUUGAGCGCAUAAGCAAAAGAAAGCCUGGUGAAGUGUUGCCACCUCAUGAGCCAGCAGUGGUUAGGAGAGCUGUGAACCAUUUCUUACAGAAGAAUGAAGGCGACAUAUCAAUUAUUGAUGUUCGAUGCGUGCCCUCUGAUUUCCAUGCUAGAUAUAAAGCACAAGAGCGUACGUACUUCUAUCGCUUGCUGUCUGGGCCAGAGCCUUUGUCAUCCUUUGAGAAAGAUCGGGCAUGGCAUGUACCAGAGGAGCUUAAUCUUCCUGCUAUGCAGGUUAUUGACACUUCACUGUAUGGUCUAGAUUAUAAACUCAAAAUUCUGAUAAAUAGAGAUAAUUAUUUUUUUAUUGUCAUGCAGGAGGCAUGCAGAGUUCUUGUUGGACAACAUGAUUUUAGUUCCUUCAGGUCAGCUGGUUGUCAGGCGAAGUCACCAAUUAGAACUUUAGAUGAACUUACUGUAACUGAGGUAAUUCCAAGUCCAUAUUUUCCAUCUGUAAUGGACAGAAAACAAAAUGAAGUCAGCAAGUGCGCAACUGACUGUCAUCUUAAUUCUGUCCCAAGCAUUGAAAAAGCACCAUCAAAAGAAACUUUAGGAUUUGGCCAAAGGAGAAGACAUUGUUGCUUGGUGAUAACAGCACGUGCACGCUCUUUCCUUUACCAUCAGGUUAGACUACUCGUUGGUGUUCUCAAAGCUGUGGGAGCUGGAAGUUUAACGAUUUCAGAUGUUGAAAGGAUUCUGAAUGCAAAAGACGUGACAGCUGCAAGUCCCAUGGCUCCGUCUUGCGGUCUGUACCUAGGAGAGGUCAAAUAUGAUCUGCCUUGAGGCGUUUUGACAAAGUUUUGGAACUCAGAGUUUAUUGCCAGCGUGUGCAUCCCCGCCUAUAGUGGCACGAAGCUAUAGCAUGCUGUAUUUGAGUUUCAGGCACUCAUCUGAGGCUAAAGAAAAAAAGUUUCAGGCACUCAUCAAAGUUAGUGGCAUUAGUCAAUUGUAGACCUGAUCCAUGAUCUUCUCUUCAAUCAUUUUUUAAAAUUGAUGUUUUUUUCUAGUGAUCCCAAUCUUAUGGUUGGGAUUUUUUUUUUUUUGGGGUGAGAGAGGAACCAUGAAAAUGAAAGUGAAAGAGAAUAGUAGUGAGGGUUAGAAUUAUAUAUUUUUUAAUUUGUGAGAAUCAUGCUGAGCCAAUCCAGUGGGAUAAAGCUUGUUUUUUAUGAGAAUCAUCUGGUACUUGGUAUCAUUUUGUUGAAUUUGAGCUCGGCCUCUGUCAGUUCCAAAUACUAAUAGAAAGAAUCUUUCUUUGCA